AUGUUUCGGAACUUUGGAAUCGGCAUCGGCGACAAGCCAUCUGGCAUCAGCAUGGAGGCGGUUGCAAAUCCGCCCAAGCCGGUCGAAAGGAUGUACACUCCCGUCAACUACCGCUACCGCAUGGCGGAGGAUGCCGAGGCGGAUUCCGGGAUUCCUGGGCCUAUGGCGCGGCCAGAGCUGCGACGAGAGUCCGACCGCCGACGCCGGGGCUCCCGGGACGAGGCUAUCUGCCACCGGGUUGUGAAACUUUGCACGCAAG